GACGGCCUACUGUUCGACGGACUGCCAACGCAUCGACUGGCGCGACCGGGGCCACCGGAAGGUCUGCAAGAAGAUCCAGGCCGCGGAGGCGGCGCGGGCGGAAGCGCCGACGCGCCCGCCGUCGCCGCCGCGGGACGUGUUCUACGGCCCCGCGCCGCGGUCGGACGCCGACGUAAUCCGCGCGCGCAUCGCGGCGGAACACGAGGCCGCCCGCGCGCGGCGCGAGGCGAACCCGGAGCGAGAGCCGCUGUCUGCGCGGUACGGGUCGCGGUGCCCCAUCUGUCUCGAGGAGUGGGACGUGAAUGAUAUGGGCAUGUUACGCGUCUGUUGCUGCCGGACGGUCUGCCGAUCGUGCGAGGACAAGAUUGGCAUCGGUGCGUGUCCCCUCUGUCGUGUAUCGCGCGCAGAAAGCGAUGCGGAAAACCUCGCCCGCCUGCGCCGCCAUGUGGAGAACGAAGUGCCGGAAGCGAUUACGUUUUUGGGAACUGCGUACCGCCGCGGUUACUUCGGCCUCGUGAAAUCCGAUAAGAAAGCCGCGAAAAUUUGGAAGCGCGCCGUGGAGCUCGGGGACGUGGAAGCAAUGAGCCACCUUGCGGAAUUGUACGAGGAUGGAAGUGGCGUCAAGCUGGACAAGAAGAAGGCGGAGCGGCUGUAUCGCAUGGCCGCAGACCGAGGCGACGCGUACGCGCAAAACAGUUUAGGGAGUUUACUUGAUGCUGAAAAGAAACAUGAAGAAGCGUUCCGGUACUUCGCGCUCGCGGCGAAUCAAGGCGAAACUUUUGCAGAGAUCAGCCUUGGCUGCUGUUACAGGCUCGGACAAGGCACGGAAGUCGACCUCGGCAAAGCCAGGUACUGGUUCGAGCGCGCCGCUGCCAAGGGCGACGAGGAUGCUAAAGCGAUUACGUUUUUGGGAGAGGCGUACUUUCGCGGUCUGUUGGGCCUCGUGAAAUCCGAUAAGAAAGCGGCGAAGAUUUGGAAGCGCGCCGUGGAGCUCGGGAACGUGGACGCGAUGGUAGUUCUUGGGGUUUCGUACCAGAAUGGAAGUGGUGUCAAGCUGGACAAGAAGAAGGCGGAGCGGCUGUUUCGCAUGGCCGCAGAUCGGGGCCACGCGGUCGCGCAAUCCAAUUUAGGGAUUUUACUUUACCAUGAGGAGAAAUUUGAAGAGGCGUUCCGUUACUUUGUGCUCGCGGCGGAUCAAGGCUUUACCGAUGGAGAGAACAACCUUGGCUGCUGUUACAGGGACGGAAAAGGCACGGAAGUCGACCUCGGCAAAGCCAGAUACUGGCUUGAGCGCGCCGCUGCCAAGGGCACGAUUACAAGUUUGGGAAAUGCGUACCGCCGCGGUUACUUCGGCCUCGUGAAAUCCGAUAAGAAAGCCGCGAAAAUUUGGAAGCGCGCCGUGGAGCUCGGGAACGUGGACGCGAUGGUACACCUUGGGAUAUUGCACCAGCAUGGAACUGGCGUCAAGCUCGACAAGAAGAAGGCGGAGCGGCUGUAUCGCAUGGCCGCAGAUCGGGGCGACCCGGUCGCGCAAUGCAAUGUAGGAAAGUUACUUGAUUCUGAGGAGAAACAUGAAGAGGCGUUCCGGUACUACGCGCUCGCGGCGGAUCAAGGCUUUACCCCCGGGGAGACUCUCCUUGGCCUUUGUUACCACGAAGGAGAAGGCACGGAAGUCGACCUCGGCAAAGCCAGGUACUGGUUCGAGCGCGCCGCUGCCAAGGGCAACGAGGAUGCUAAAGCGAUUACGUUUUUGGGAAGUGCGUACCGCGGCGGUCGGUUGGGCCUCGUGAAAUCCGAUAAGAAAGCCGCAAAGAUUUACCGGCGCGCCGUGGAGCUCGGCGACGUGGACGCGAUGGCAUUUCUGGGGGAAAUGUACGACGCCGAGGACGGGGAAGGCGUCAAGCUGGACAAGAAGAAGGCGGAGCGGCUGUAUCGCGCGGCCGCGGACCGGGGCGACGCACACGCGCAAAACAAUUUGGGGGUUUUACUUUACUGUGAGAAGAAAUUUGAAGAAGCGGUCCGGUACUACGCGCUCGCGGCGAAUCAAGGCUAUACCGAUGGAGAGUAUAACCUUGGCUGCUGGUACCGCGAUGGAAAAGGCACGGAAGUCGACGUCGGCAAAGCCAGAUACUGGUUCGAGCGAGCCGCUGCCAAGGGCGACGAGGAUGCGAGGAAGAACCUCGCGUGCCUCGACGCGCGAGUGUAGCCUAAGUCUUGCCGCGCUCGCGAUCAACAUCACCACCAAGAAGCUCGCCGACCCCUACGGCCACGACCUCGACGACAUCCACAUCCUCUCGCUCUGCAAGCUCAUGCCCGGCGCCUGCGCGCGCAUCCUCGAGACGUCGCCGCCGCCGCGCUCCGCCGAGACUACGACCACGUUCGUUCGUUCGAAUUAAUUCAAUCCCGCCGC